UAUAACUACGAAAACAAAACAAAUAUCUGUGACUAAAAGAGAAGGUCAACCCAGCCAACCCAAAAUCAAAUCUGCCAUGUUGCUUCUUCUCAUCCUAAUUCCUUUACUUUCCCUUCUCUUCUUCUUCUUCUUUCUCAAUUCCAAUUCCAAUUCCAAUUCCAAUUCCAAAGUCCCCAAAUCCUACCCUCUGGUGGGUUCAUUCUUCGCCUUCCUUGCCAACCGAAAGCGCCUACUCCCAUGGCUCUCAGGCAUCAUGCAAGUCUCACCUUCCUCCACCUUUGUUCUCCGACGCAACUACUCCACCCGCCAGGUCUUCUCCGUCAACCCCGCCGUGGUCCAACACAUUCUCAAGACCAACUUCUCUAACUACGGAAAAGGCCACGUUUUCAAUCUAACUCUCACCGACUUUCUUGGCCACGGCAUCUUCAACAUUGACGGCGACUCCUGGAAGUUCCAAAGACAAGUCUCUAGCCACGAAUUCAACACCAAAUCUCUCCGCAAGUUCAUUGAAACCGUUGUCGACACUGAGCUCUCCGAUCGCCUCAUCCCCAUUCUCUCCUCAGCUGCCAAACAGGGAACUGUCCUUGAUUUCCAAGACAUUCUUCAAAGGUUUGCUUUCGAUAAUAUUUGUAAGAUCGCUUUCGGGUUCGACCCAGCAUACUUGUUGCCCUCUCUUCCACAGGCCAAGUUCGCCUUAGCCUUUGAAGACGGUGUCAGGAUUAGCAGCGAGAGGUUCUCUGCGGUACACCCAGUCGUCUGGAAAUUCAAGAAGUUGUUGAAUAUUGGGUCAGAAAAGCGUCUCAAAAACGCUAUCUCGGAAGUGCGAGAGUUCGCACUGAACAUGAUCAAAGAAAAGAAGCAGAGGCUGGGAGAGAAAGAGAGCCUCGAUUCCGUGGACCUGUUGUCAAGGUUCUUGAGCUCCGGCCAUUCGGACGAGAACUUCGUGACAGACAUUGUGAUCAGCUUUAUACUUGCUGGGCGUGACACUACGUCGGCGGCUUUAACAUGGUUUUUUUGGCUUCUAUGGAAGAACCCAGAGAUUGAAUCCGAGAUUCUAAAUGAAAUCAAUGAAAAAUCAGAGGCGCCUGUUUUUGACGAGGUGAAAGACAUGGUGUACACACACGCUUCACUAUGUGAAAGCAUGAGGCUGUACCCGCCAGUUCCGAUGGCCUCAAAGGAGGCAGUGAACGACGACAUAUUGCCCGGCGGGACAGUGGUGAAGAAGGGGAUGAAAGUGACCUACUUUCCAUACGCAAUGGGGAGGUUGGAGAUGCUGUGGGGAUCGGACUGGGCAGAGUUCAAGCCAGAGAGGUGGCUGCAGAAGGAGGAAGAAUCAUGGAAGUUCGUGGGGAGAGACCCGUACACAUACCCGGUGUUCCAGGCAGGUCCUAGAAUUUGUUUGGGGAAGGAAAUGGCAUUCUUGCAGAUGAAGAGGGUGGUAGCUGGGGUUUUAAGGAGGUUUGAGGUGGUGCCAGCGUUUGAAGAAGGUGUAAACCAUGAACCGGAGUUUGUUUCGUAUUUGACUUCAAAGAUGAAAGGUGGGUUUCCGGUGAAGAUUGUGGAGAGGGUUCAUGUUCAUCAUCAUGAGACUGAGUCCUGAGUGUUAUACUGAGUCCAUGCCCCCACAUGUGCACCCUAGUUUGGUUUUCGCCGUACUUUUUCAGCUGCUUUUAAGUUUAUGAAAACAAAAUGUAGAUAUGGCAACCACUGCCCUUUCUAUAUAGUUUUUUUUUGUUUUGUUUUGUUUUGUCGGUAAUAGGGAUAUUAUAUAAACAUGAAUUGGGGCUUGCACAAGAAUUGGUAAUAGGGAUAUUAUAUAAUAUGGAUAUUAUAUAGUUUUCAAUUGCGUUUA